GCCUGCAUUGUACUGCAGGUCUUUAUGUGAGUGUGAGCACAGACUGGCACAGUUCCUCUGAGAGGGCGAAUGGCACAGAUCUCGGCCCCUGGGAGCGUACGCCGGACUCAGAAUCUGCCACAGUAUCAGCACAGGUACCCUUGGAUGUGGACUUGUCUAUAUAACAACCCAUCACAGUUUUGAGAAACACCCUGAGGAUACGCUGACGUCACUCCUUGGCACGUUGUUAUCAAUCUUGGGAAACAUUGUUAACUCUGUAUUGGAUUGUGUGUGAAAGGGGAUAGCGGUGAGACGGUCAAGCAAGCCAAGAUGCCCAUCUUAAAGCCGUUGGUCACUAACCCCAAUGUAUCCAAGCGACGCUCUCGAGCAGACCUCACAGCGGAGAUGAUUAGCGCUCCUUUGGGGGAUUUUCGCCACACGAUGCACAUUGGAAGGGCUGGAGAUGCAUUUGGAGAUACUUCAUUUCUCAAAAGCAAAGGAGAGGAACAACCCGAGCCCGAAGAAUCUGUGUCCAAGCCUGGUCUAUUAUCCAGACAUUUCCGCAGCAGCAAACGCUCUCUGUCAGUUACCCGCAGCGAUCGAAGGGACAUGCUCGGGUCGCUCAGAGACUCUGCCCUGUUUGUUAAAAAUGCAGUUUCUUUGCCCCAGUUAACUGAAAAGGAGAUGGAGAAAAGCUCCUCCAGCAAGAAAAUGCCCAAAAGCUUGUCAUCCAGCCCCGUCAAAAAGGUACCUGAGCAACACAUAAAUGGGGCUUCGGCUCAGAGCCCACCACCCAUUUACGAUCUUGCACUGGCUGAGAAAGAGUUUGGGGAAUUAACAGAGCUACCAGAACCAUCUUCUAAAAGCAACUACGGCAUGAAGCAUGCAGAAUCCAUCAUGUCCUUUCACAUUGACCUAGGGCCAUCCAUGCUUGGAGACAUUUUAAGCGUCAUGGACAAAGGUGAUUGGGAACACGAUCUGGACCGUAGUCUGGAUGAUCUCGAUGGAAAUGGGAUACAGUCUGGCCAGCAAUCUGUGUCCAAUUGGCGCACGGGUCCUUCACAUCCAGGACACCAAACAUAUGCACCCGAUCCUGGGAGUAAGGCAGCCACGUCUCGCCUUACAUCUGGCAUUAACCACAACAGCCAGGACACCAAAGGCAAGAAUUCGGACUCCAGAAGUAAAUCAGGUGAAAAGGUAAGGAAGGGAAGAGACUUUUCCUUCAUGGACGAGGAGGAAGACGAAGAUGAGAUUAGGGUGUAGAAAAAGCAAAUAUAUCUGUAGUCUCUUUAUUCAAUGGAGAAACUGCCCAAAUGUAAAGCAAACUGGCUCACCCCCUUGUUGAUCUUGGGAAGCUAUUCAGGCAUUGACCCUUUUCCCAUGUGCCUCGUGUGUGCUUCGUGGAACCAAGAAUGGAGUUUGUAAGCCAUUUUAAGACAUUGAAUGGCGAUAAAGCACUCCAAACAGACUGGCACGAUCCUUCCGUGAAUAUGCAAGACCUAGAACGUGCUGAGGACUAUGUGAGUGGAUCCUGUGUUCUAUUUCCACUCCAACCAAGACAAAAAGCUUUCUAAUUGGGGCAAAAUGUUAAAAGCAAGCAGCUGAUCCCAGAGACAGAAUGGACGACAGAGAGAGAUUAGCGUCACGCUGUAAAGCAGCCCAGUGGUUGAAUGUCACAUUUAGAAUCGCCCCCUGGGGCAAUGGGUCAUGUUUAAGGUGGUAGCCCAAUUAGGACAACCAAUAACGGUUUGUUGUAUGCCAGACAUCUGACUGUCUGAAGACUCCCUCCAAAAGGAUGUAAAUUUGUUUUUUAAGUUUUGUUGUAGAUUAUAAAUUCUUGACACUUGCUGACCUCCCAUUUUUUCCCCCCACACAUUUCUACUAACGAGUUUACAGCCCCAUUCACAUGGAGACAGUUUAAACUCUAGCCAGUUCCCCAUUCUUCUCGAAUCCAUUAUUUGUCCUCAAAGUCACAGUUAAUGUUUGUGACUUUGAAACUCACUACAGCUAUUAAACAAAUGAAGGAUCUGAAUCCGGGAAUGUGGCAAUAAUUUGUCAUGUGUUUGGCAGCUCAAACAUUGAGUAGGACCAAGACAAGUGUCCUGAAUUUUUCCCAAGCCAUACGCUACACCCCCCGACCCGGAUUCUUUUGGAGGGGAAGCAGUAUUUUAACAAAGCCAAGGUUUUAGAACGUCACGAUUCUUCUAUAACGUUGCUGCAUUGUUAGGACUGACACUAUCUUUCAUCAGUUGGCUAAGGAGAUGAGAGUUGUAGUCCAACAACUGAUAGAAGGAGCGGUGUUCCUUCACAGCAGAGACCAAUUAGCGCAGAGGUUAUCGGUUCUCUGUUACUGCUAGUCUACGUAUUGGCCCAGAUGUAUAAGGAAGGAUUCUGCGGGGGCCGGGGGGUUACAUAUUGUGUGACCCAAUCACUCAGUAGGGACACUCCCCUGUGUUGCCAUGGUGACAGCUUCACGUUUAGAAUUUUGCUCCAGAAUUGCUGGUCUUACAUUUGGCCAGUCAUUUUUUUGCUUGAGAAAGAAGGGGAGAAAUAAAGGGUGUUAUUAUUUAACUUUUAUUAUGGUCUCAUUUAGGGAAACUUUUUAUUUGUAUUAUUAUUUAUUGAAUAAAAACACUACGCUGUUAUUUCUUCACGGACCACAGUAAAGAGUGACCGUGCCUGGCAGAAUGCCCCUUAUGAUAAAUGUUUUUUUUUUUAUUAAAUACAUGUAUCCUAUGCAGCUUGCAGGACUCCGAGCUGAGACCAAGUGACGUUUGCUGUCAUAUAUUAAAGGUUUAUUGCAGCAUAGCGAGAUUUACCUACCGGUUUACUUUGGUGAAUUAAUCUUAUUUUUGUUUGAUCGACCAUUCGGAUAUUUAGAAAUCAACUAAAAUAUUUGCCAGUUCGGCUGUAAUUACUAUUGAUCAUUGACUUUUGACCUCUGAUCUCCAAUUAAGGCGCCACCUUGAGAGGAUG